AUGAGAACAAAAGUAUACGUAAAUAUCGAUCAUAUAAUUGCUGUACAAAUUGGUCAACAAAUAACAAAUAAACUCGAAUGGAUUUAUAAUCAAUGGCAACGAAUUCUGGAUAAACAAAUGUCAUUAGAACAAGAAAUUCCAAUAAAACAAAAAUGUCUUCAAUGGAUCAAAGUUGGUGAUAAGCCAUUCCAGUUUACAGACUCAGCUCUCGUCACACAACCAAAAGAUUUGGAACAAAAUGAUGUGUUGAUACAAGUUUAUUCAGCUGGUGUCAAUCCUAUUGAUGGAAAAAUGGCUGCAGAAAAUAUAGCACACGUUAAAUUACCAGCAGUUGUUGGUUACGAUGUCAGCGGAACAAUUGUUGGGAUUGGCAGUAGUGUUAAAGAUUUUAAGAUUGGUGACGAUGUUCUUGGUUGUCUGACUUUUAAACGUGGUGGUGGAUUUCAACAGUAUUGUGUUACAGAUGAAAGUGUUCUCAUUAAAAAAAACCCUGGAGUUAGUCAUGAACAAGCUGCUUCACUAGGAGUUGCAUAUCUUUCAGCGUUGGAUGGUCUUCAACAUGUAAGAAAUCAAAUACAAGGAAAAUCUGUUUUUGUACCUGGUGGAUCUGGAGGAGUUGGUCAUUUUAUUGUACAAAUUUGUAAAAUCUUGGGUGCCUCACCAUUAAUUGCUUCUGCAUCGAAAGAAGAAGGAAUUAAAUUACUGAAAGAAACUUACCAUUGUGAUCAUGUUAUCAAUCAUGCUAAAGAGGAUGUGGUUGCCAAAAUCCAAGAAAUUACUGUUGGUCAAGGUGCACAUAUUGUCUUUGAUUCCACAUAUAUAUCAUCAAGUUUUGAGAAAUCGAUUCGUUCAACAGCCAAUGGUGGUUCGUGGAUUGUUUUAGGAAAAUUCGCCCAAGAAGGUAGUGUAGAAGAACAAAUAUGCCAACAACAGAAUGUGAAAUUGAUACAUGCUGACUUGGGAAAGUAUUCAGCAAAACCUGAAUUUGAAGCAAAACGUUCCGAAUUUUUUCGACAAGGAUUAAAAGAAGCUUGUGAAUGGAUAUUACAAGGAAAAUUAAAACCAUAUAUUAAUCAACAACCAACAAUUGAAGAGCUAGAAACAGCAAUUGAAAAAUUGAGAAAAGGACAAAGUGGAUUUGGAAAAGUUGUAGCUAAAAUACAUUAG